AUGCGCUGGGCUUCGCAGCUUAAGAUACUCGGAGCACAAUCUCCGCGGGCACCUGCAGGAUACAGUUUGUUUGUCUCUAGCCGAAGAGAGAAGGGGGAUAAUACAGAGGUCUGCGUGACGAUAUGCGCUCGGCUGGUAGAAGUCAAGCCUGACCCGGUAGAGGCCUGUAACAUGUGUAGUAUGUACCUGCACCGUAUGUAG